AUGGCACUAGUUCCAAGUCAUUGCCCAUCGUGCGGAAAGCAAUUCAAGGACCAUACCUCCGUCGCUCGUCAUAUGAGCCAACCUCGUUCUGGGUGUAAUAGCUGGCUAGACGACUUAAUCCAACUCAACUCCAUCUUGCCACCUAGUACGGAACAUGAUCCCAUGGUGGUGGAUGACAUCAAUGACCCUCAAGUAGAUGCGAGUUCCUAUGAUUUUUGGAGUCAAGGAGAGGAUUUGGACUCUGAAGGUGGAACUCGGGACGAGGACAGUGAGGUCAAAGCAACCGACUACUUUCCGGAGCCCCUGCUGGCUUUCGAAGAGGGUUACACAUUUUUAAGCUUAUUCGAUGCUGACAAAAACAGGCUAGAGAUGAUCGAUGACCUACCUUUAUCCUUCCAUUCAGCAAAAGAGCUACGUGGUCGAGCUGAAUCGCUGCCUAGCGGUCUGCGUUGGAAGUCCCAGGUCAUUCAAACGUUGCAUCCCACAAAGUCUCCGGCUGUUCUUUACUGGCGGGAUCCUCUUGAAUGUAUCGCUACGAUAUUCAACCAUCCUUUAUUUUGCAAUUGUCUCGACUACACGUCUCGCAAGGAGUAUAGCACAACGCAGAGGCACUCUCAGAUAUAUACCGAAUGGAUGACGGGUGAUCAUGCCUGGGAGAUGCAGUCAGCGCUUCCCCGUGGUGCAACUCUCCUCGGAACUAUUCUAUCGUCGGACAAGACAUGCAUUACUGCAUUGUCAGGCGAUCGUGUCGCGCACCCUCUCCUCAUCAGCCUCGCCAACAUCUACAUGACCACGCGGCUCAAAUCAUCCUCCAACGCUUUCCUUCUCACUGCCCUACUACCGGUCACAAAAUUUGUUCACAAAAACAAACGAAUGAGAGGCGUGUUGCAGGAUCGGCUCGUUCACAAUUGCUUGAACAUUGUACUCGAACUGUUGAAGCUCGCUGCUCGAAAUGGCGUGAUGAUGUCAGAUCCUAUGGGUCGCAGUCAUUACUGCUUUACUAUGCUCGCUAGCUAUAUUGCUGACACCCCCGAGGCAAUGAUGCUGGCAUGUGUUGGUGGAAAGACAUCUCCAGUGACGAUAGCAAUGUACAAACAAUUCAGGGAUCCCUUCCAGCACGAACCCCGGACUCGAGCAAAAACUCUUGAGCAAUUGAAAAUCGUGCGCUCACGCGCUUGUCCAGAUGAUCUCGAAGCAUUUUUCCGUGAGGCGCAGAAGUUUCGCCUAAAUGGCGUGGAUGAACCAUUUUGGUGGGACUGGUUACUAGCAGAACCGUCCCGGUUUUUUACACCCGAAUCGCUUCACCACAUUCACAAGGAGUUUUGGGACCAUGAUGCGCAAUGGAUUAUCCUUGCAGUGGGAAAGUCUGAAAUAGAUUUUCGUUUUUCAAUCAUUCAGCCCACUACUG